AUGGAAUGUGAAUAUGAAAAGAAAAAAAGUUUUUAUGAAAUAGUAUUAACAAUAAAAAAAAAAAUUGAAAAAUAUGAUUUGAGUAAAUGGGAGAAUAUAAUAAAACCAGAAGAUGUAUCAUACAAUGAUUACUUUGAAAAACUAGUAAAAGAAUCAAAUACAGAAUGUGAUGAUAAAGAAAUUAAAAUAAAUGAAAGAAAUGUAAACAUUGAAAAUGAAAAUAAAAAAAAUACAUAUGAAAUAAAUAAAGAUUUUUUUGAUAAUCUAAGCAAUAGAGACAAAUUUUAUUUUUUAUUAAGUAUAAAAGAUACAAUGGAAACUAGUUGGCUACUAGCUCAAAAAAGAUUAGAAGGAAUAAAAUUAGAAGAGAAUUCUGAAUUCAUAAAUGUUCAAGAACUAUUAAAUUACUCAAAAAAAUUAUCAGAUACAACUUGUGCUCCACCUGAAUGUGAUAAUAUCAAUGAUAAAAUAAUUCAUCAAGAAUAUUAUCCUAAUUAUCAUUUUUUAAAUUUUGUGAAUAUUGAAGAAAUUCAUUUAUCUAAAUUAUUUCAAUUGCAAAAAUAUAGUACUGUUUGUUUUCCUCCUAUAAUUACUAUAGAAGAAAAUGAUAAUUUGUUAAUUGUUAGUAUUACUUGUUCUACUCCUACUACUACAAUUUUUUAUAAAAUAAACGAGGAAAUACAGGAGAAAAUUUAUGAUUCUGAUAAUAAACCUAAAAUACCUAAAAGACAAAAAAUAAAUAUAUACGCUUGGUCAGUUAAAGAAGGUUUCAUAAAAUCAAGAGUUUCUUGUUUUUCUAAAACUUACAAUGUUAAAGAAGAUAAUUCGCAAAACUUAUUAGAUAAUGAAGCUUCUCAAUUUUUUCCGGACUCUUUUAAAUCUGACAAAACUGAAAAUGAAAAUAUUAUGAAUAAGCAAUCUUCAAAUACAAAUGUAUUUAAAAAUCUUGGUUUUUUAUUAAGUAGAAAAAAAGAAAAAAAGUUGGAAACAUCAUCAAAUGAAGAAUCAUUCUCAAGUAACGAAGAAGAAUAA